AUGUCAGGUUCGAAACGUGAAGACCGCUCUCGCGUUGAUGGCUUCGAGAUGAAAAUAUUCAAACUUGUCCAGGCGGAGGAGACUCCCGAGCAGUGGAAGAAGUGGCUUGGAGCACCUCUGAAUCAUGCCGCGGCGAAAGGGAAGCUGGAUCUCUUCACACGGCUGAUAAACGCUGGUGCUGAUGGUAGCGCAGGCUGGCGGGGAUGCCAUGGACGAACACUACUGGGCGAGGCUGCGCGCAGCGACGGCAACCAGAUGGUCCGGGCUUUCCUCGAAGCUGGAGCGACGGAUGAUGUAAACGUCCGCUUCGGGGCUAUAAGCCAAUCUGCUCUACAGGUUGCGGCCGCGCGAGGUGCUGAGGGCUCAUGCAGCGCACUCAUGAUCGCUGGAGCAGACCCGAAUUGGAUUGAUUACGAUGACACCGUGCAACUACCGAGUCUGCUCCACCUCGCUGGCGCAGCGGGGCACCACCGAGUGGUACGUGUCAUUCUUCAGUACGGGGCCUACGUAGAUCCCAAGGCGAUUGUUAACGAGACUCCUCUCCACUGUGCUGCUUCUAAGGGCCACACGUCGUGCGUCUUUGAGCUUUUGAUGGGCGGCGCAGACAUGGAUGCGGUCGCUUUUUUGGAAGGUGAAACGCCACUGUUCAUCGCGGCAGCACACAACCACCUGGGGGUUGCCGAACAGCUAUUGGCUCCAGGUGCCGACCGUUGUCAUCCCAACCUCGACGGCUUCUCUCCGUCCGACAUUGCUGCAAAGCGUGGUCACGCGACCAUCUUGAAGCCCUUUCUUGAAACAGGAACUAAUGUCGACGCCGCCACCGAUCAGUACGGAUGGACAGCCCUACACAGCGCUGCAUGUGUUGACGAACCUGUCAUUGACGACGGCGCUGCUGCCCGUGUACUGUUGGAAGCUGGGGCUGAUGUCAACGCGCGGGAGGGCUGCACGAGUGGCCAGAGGCAGGUUGUGCGUAGGGAGGUUGCAGCCCAAAGUGUGCAAGUGAUCCCGCAUCUUGGAUAG